AUGACUACAACAGGUUCAUUGGACCCUUCUUUCAGAACAUGUAAAAAGCAGAACAUGUCAGCUCUAUCAUCAUCAGAAGAUGAGUAUACAUCAGCUACAUCAACAAUAAGUCAAACAGUUUGGUUGAGAAGAAUUAUGGAUGAUGUCAAACAGGAACAGUUUAAGGCAGCAACAAUUUUGCGUGACAACAAGGAACCUACAACAAUGACGAAGAAUCCUUCAUAUCAUAGAAUAACAAAGCAUACAUCAAUCGAUGUACACUUCAUAAUAGACAUGGUUGUUGAAGGUUCAGUUACUUUGGAAUAUUGUAGCAGAAACAAGCAUAGUGAAUAUGUUCUGGCAAGGGCAUUGUCGAAGAACAAGUUUGAUUAUUUCAGAAGCAAACUUGGAGUGUGCAAGUUUGAAUCAAGGAAGAGUGUUGACAUGUGA